CGGGCUGUGGGCAGCGCAGAGCGUGGACAAAGGAGGGGCAGGUGCCGGAGCUAUCGCUGUGAUCGAACUCAAGAGGCGGCCCCGCCUGGCUCAUCCCGAUUCUUGUCGGCACAUAUAUUCCGGUUUUGAUGUGCGCGGGUCUGGCCCCGAGAGCACCCGCGGGCGAGCGGAGGCCCCGCGCGUGUCCGUGGGCCGGGGCGAGCGGCAGCGCGGGCAGCGGGCGGCGGCGGGCGCAGUCCCACCGCGCACCGCUGGGUGGUGGUCUCGGCUAAGGCGCCGCCGACACCGACCCAGCGCAGCCCAGCUCAGCACAGCCAAGCCCAGCCCAGCUCCCAACAGCCGAGCCGGGCGGAGGGAGCAGCGCCUGCGGCACCGAGCCCCGUUCUCUGCCAUCCGCUCCUGGGCCACAGCGACGGCACUCCGGGUUGCCGACCCCUCCGGAAUACAGAGGGAGAAGGAAGGCACCCGACCGCCGCCGCUUUCUGCGGAGACUACCCGAGAGAUCCGAGACAAGGAGAGAGGACGCCGCCGCAGCCGGCGCCGGAGGGCCAUGGCGAUCGCAAGGCAAGUGCUUUGUGUGUGUGCGUUGCUCUCCCUGCCGCUCGCUCGCUCGCAGCCCAUCCGCUACUCCGUAGCCGAGGAGGCGCACAGCGGCUCCCUGGUAGGCAACCUGGCGCAGGACGCGGCGCUGCCGCCGGCGCAGCUCUCGGCUCGCCGCGCCCGCCUGGUGUCGGAGGACGGCCGGCAGCAUUUUCGCUUCGACCGCGCCAGCGGCCGCCUCGUCGUGGCCGACAGGCUGGACCGGGAGCAGCUGUGCGGCCAGGCCGCCACCUGCACGCUCCCCUUCGAGCUGCUGCUGGCCGACCCGCUGCAGUUCUUUCGGGUCGAGGUCACCCUGGAGGACAUCAAUGACCAUUCGCCUGUUUUCCCCGAGGACCGAGUCACAUUUGAGAUCCUGGAAACGAGCGACCCGGGCUCUCGUUUGCCUCUGGAGGUUGCUCAGGACUUUGAUAUUGGCAGUAACAGUGUACAGGCAUACAGCAUCUCUCCCGAGAACGAAUACUUUAGUGUCUCCUAUGGGAGCCGGAUUAGGGGCAAGAAAUAUGUUGAACUUGUUUUGGAAAAGCCGCUAGACAGAGAGGAGCAGGCAGAGAUGGAUUUCAGUCUGAUUGCUGUGGAUGGGGGCUCUCCACCCAGGAGUGGGGCCACCCAAAUUCACAUUACAGUUCUGGAUGCAAACGACAACUCCCCAGUCUUUACACAGAAGGAGUAUGACGUGGAGGUGUUGGAAAACGCACCAGAGGGUUCUGUGGUUCUGACUGUGUUGGCAACAGAUCGGGAUGCAGGACUUAAUGGGGAAAUCUCCUAUCAAUUCAGCAAAGGAGUGGGCCAGACUGACUCAGCAUUUGAGAUUGAUCCCAUAGCCGGUGAAAUUAAACUCUCAAAGCCUCUGGACUUUGAGGAAGCACAGACUCAUGAGCUCAGUGUGAGGGCCAGAGAUGGUGGAGGGCUCUCGGCAAUCUGCAAGGUGUUGGUGGAGGUGUUGGAUGUGAAUGACAAUGCACCCGAGCUGGUGGUCAGUUCCUUCAGCAAUCCCCUCGCCGAGAACUCAGCGCCCGGCACGGUGGUUGCCCUCUUUACUGUCAGGGACCGGGAUGCCGGCGCCAACGGCAAGGUGUCGUGUGCCCUCGACGAUCAGCUCUUCUUCUCCCUGCGGCCAGCCUAUAAGAAUUACUACGAGCUGGUGACUGUGAGGGCGCUGGACCGGGAGGACAGGGCUCAGCACAUCGUCACCGUGACAGCAGCAGACGCGGGGUCCCCUCCUCUCACAAGCACCCACACCUUCACCGUGGACAUCUCGGAUGUCAACGACAACGCCCCCGUCUUCAACCAGACAUCCUACACCAUGUACGUGCGCGAGAACAAUGUGCCCUCCGUGCUGGUUGGAGCCGUCAGCGCCGCAGAUGCCGACGUGGGGCUCAAUGCCAAGGUGACCUAUUCCCUGUCAGCAGGGCAAGCGGCGGAGCGGCCUUCGUGCUCGUGCCUGUCUGUGAACUCGGAGAGCGGGCAGGUGUUUGUGCUCAGAGCCCUGGACUACGAGCAGCUGAGGCAGAGCGAGGUGGUGGUGAGCGCCUCUGACGCGGGCUCUCCUCCCCUCCGAGCCAACGUCACCGUGCGCCUCGUGGUGCUGGACGAGAACGACAAUGCCCCGCUGGUGCUGUACCCAGCGCAGGACAGCAGCCCAGGCUCCAGUGAGCUGGUGCCCGUGAGGGCCGAGGCGGGCUACCUCAUCUCCAAAGUGGUGGCCGUCGAUGCCGACUCGGGACAGAACUCGUGGCUCUCGUACCAGCUGCUGAGGGCCACCGACCCCGGGCUCUUUGCCGUGGGGGCCCAAAGCGGCGAGGUGAGGCUGAGGAGGCCGCUCAGCGACAGAGACCCCGUCAAGCACAAGCUCGUGGUGCUGGUGCGAGACAACGGGCGGCCGCCGCUCUCAGCCACCGCAGCUCUCAGCGCACUCCUGCUCAAGGACUUCUCCGACCUGCGCCAACCGCACAGCAGCCCGGCCGCCGACCACGACGCCGGCUCCCUCACCACCUAUUUAAUCCUUUCCUUGGUCUUCGUCUCCCUGCUCUUCCUCGGCUCCACAGCAGCCUUCGUGGCUCGCAGGCUGUGCCAGAGAAAGCAGCUGAAGGCUGGCCACGUGCUUUACGGGGCCGACAACCUGCAGAGCGGCCUGGCCGAUGCAGCUGCUGCAGGGACCCUGCCCCGCCCCUACUGCUACGAGAUCAGCCUCACCACGGGCUCGGGCAACAGCGAGUUCAGGUUCCUCAAGCCCUUCGUCCCCAGCCUGCCACCACAGCCCUGUGCCGUGGGUGGGGGUACCGGUGAGGAACAGGUUUUCCCUUGUGUCCCUGUCCCCACAGAGGACGUGACCCCAGACAAUGCUGGGAUUGUGUCUGCAGAACAGUUCAAUCGUCUUUCCUUUAACUAGCACAGAGUGGUCACAGGCACAGGCUUCAUGCCUCGUGGUUGGAAGGGAUGCAGGCUGCAGCCUGUGGGAAUGGUUCCUCCAAAAUAAAUCUGCUUUUGCAAUUGGCAUAACUGAUUUCCAGAAAUUGUAUGUCAGGUAAUGUUCCUGAUCCACUAAAAUCAAGUGGCAAACAGAAGAAAGGGAACCCUCUCACUCAGAUAUUCAUAAAUUUCCGGUCUAUUAAGGCCAUUCCUGAGAGGCUUUAGGAAUGCAGUUAACUCUCGCAGUCAAACUCUUGUCUCUCUUGCUGUCAGAUAUAGCAGUGGACCUUUCAUUUGGACCUGAUUUGUAAGAGUAUGGCACAGAAGAUGAGACAGAAAUUUCCUUCCUGAAAUUCACAGUGAACUUUUCCCAACUCAGGAAAGGAAGGAAAUUGUGAGUGUUGUGCCACAAUGCCAUGUGAGCACCAAGCUCUUUCUUUCCUGGGUUCGGAAUGUGUCUGUCUGACAUAAAUGGGUUCUGUUGGCUUUGAUUUCUUGUCACUAUGUCACUCAUUACAACCACUGUGUGUUUCCUAAUCUUCACUGCUGUUGGCCGGUGAAUCAGGGAAUUCCUACCAUUCAGCCAUUGCAAAGCAGGCAAUUCCAGCUCAGCAGGCAAGGAAGGUAUUUUGACCUUGUGAGUCCAAGAGGUCUCACCUUCUUUGUCUCAGAGAAAAGCAGCAAAAUGCACAAUAAGAUCUAUAAUUUAGCCGAUAAGA